CAACGUGGAUUUGCAUAGUAAAGGUAUAUACUAUACUGGGAAUUUGUAUUUGCAUAAGAUGAGCCUGAGCUUUCAAACAACUUCCGCUCUGGUAGUGCUGAUCUCACUGGUGACCGCAGCAGGAUAUACUAGUCCCAAAUAUAAACCAACCAUCCAAUCAGAUUCUAMUAUCAAUGUUAAUACCAUUCAAGGAGAGUCAAAAGCCAAGCCGACAGAUACAUCGAGRGGUGCAUUGGGUCAAGGCUUCGAGCUGAGUAAAAUUGAUCUGCUAAGCAAGCAACUGCAAGCGACAGGAGCUAARAUAUUUGAGUCCCUUGAUCCUGACGAAUGYACGCUGACUGACAAYAUUGGGAGUACRGAGAAGGACGACACUUACUAUAGUAGCACGCAGUCCCUCUAUUCGUCGGUAUCUUCAMAAACAAAUGUUGGUUCGGAUAUGAAAAGUCCGUACACUUUCGGUGCGUCUGUAACAGCUGUCACAGAUAAYACUGUAUCAGGAAACACAGAAAUAUCAGGACUCUCACUUAAUCUCAARGCAUUAAGCAUGUCUACUGCRCUGAAGAAAGACUGCAUUAACAAYAAACCUUUGRCAAAAGAGCUCGUGAAAGACUUUGAAAAUCUUGACAAAGAAAUAAAAAAUCCACACAGAUUGCAGUCCUGGAGAAAGUACAAGGUAUUUUUGGAGAAGUAUGGAUCACACAUUGUAAACGAAGCACAGUCAGGCUCCAGCAUCUACCAGUAUGUCUUUUCAAAAUCUACCAAAAAAGUCAGACAGAGAGACUUAACAGUCAAGGCUUGUGCCUCAUUAGGCGGUGCGAAACUAGCAGGAAAACUUGGCAUUUCUGCUUGUUCAGACGUUUCUAAAAAGGAAGUAGAAGAAUCGUCUGAAAAAUCAAUGAUCAAAAAGUUGGUAGUCAGAGGAGGSAAAGCAGAYACAAGAGUGGAUUUGACUGGUGARCUUACUAAAGAACAGAUUAACAAGUUCCUGAAAGAAGGUCAAACCGACCCAUCRCCCAUCCAGUAUUCAUUUUACUCAAUAUGGAACAUUCUCCAAUCCAGGUACAUAGGRACAAAACAUUUCGCUAAGGUAGUGAACCUGGAGCAGUUCUACAAAGGUUUCCUCAAUUUUGGCUGUACAUACACGAAAAUGAACGACAUUGAACUCCAGAAAUUUGAAUUAAGUAAAGACAGCGACCCAGAAGCUCCAUCAUAUGUGUGCACACUUGCCCCAGAAGGAUGCCACAACGACGAUGACUUUGACAAACUUAAAACUCAAGCUGACAGCUAA